AUGGACACGCGCCCACCGGCAAAGGUCAUUGCCGUUCACGAUUACCUCGGGAGUUGCGCAUCGUUGCAGCAGUUGCUAAACGAGUCUGUCGCGGAUCUCCCGGUGUCUCGGCUAACGCCCACAGAACCGCUAGAGGUGUACUGCGCCGACCUCCGCGGUCACAAUUUCUCUGAAGCUGCCCCGAUGACAUCCGCUUCCUCCUACCUCCUGGCCUGCGCUUCGGACAUCAUCAAGAUGCAGGAAGACAUUCUCCGCUCUGAAGCAGGGCUGCUUGGCCUUGGUUUUGGAUCUCUCGUCGCCUCCUGUGCCGCCCUGCAUGCGCCAGACGCCUUCUCUUCCCUCACACUCUUCGUGAACGAGAUAGCGCAGCUGCAGCAGUGCGUGCCGUUCUCUUACCCGGUCGGUGAACUUCUGCGACGCGCACCGGCCAACGCCGCAGCACUAGCAGAGCUGAAUAACUACCUGCGGGAUCGAGUACCCGAUCCGGCAGAGCGGGCUGCCCUUCUGGCCACCGUGGAGGUGCGACGUGGCCGGGCCCGGUUCCGAUUCAGUAAUGAUCUCCUUCAGUACACCGAGCCGUUUGUGCUUAGUGCACCAGCAGACAGCACGUUCACAAAGCCCACGGUCGUGUACCUCUGCGGCAAGAAUGGCGCCACCUCUCCGGAUGAGGAGGCCCGAGUGCGCGCACGCUUCCCUGCAGUAAAGUUUGUCAAGCUCGACACGCAGGGGGAGACGCUGACGUCUUCCAAACUGCGUCUUGUCCCGCUGUUUCUUCAGUCGUGCGGCAUGCUUGCCGAGAUAAACGAGGCGAACAUGGAGCGAUGA